AAAAUUUUGAAUUUAUGCAAGGAAAUGUGGUCAAUGGACAGUAUCAAUUUGCAGAGUCUAGCUUUCUUGUAUUGGUAUGGGAAACAUACUCAAAAAUGAUAGAUUGCUUCUUUGAAAAAAAUAGAGUAGUUUUUGAGGAUGUCCAUUUUACAAGAUCUUUUCCAAUGUUAAAGAAUACAGAUUACUUGAUUACGAUAUCAAUACAUCGUGGUACUGGCAGGUUUGAAGUCAUAUAUGAGAAUGAGGCAAUUGUUUAUGGAUUCAUCAACAAUGUAAAAUACAUUGAUAUGUCGGACAUCCAUAUACCAAAUGAUAAAAAUGCAAUAAUUUUAACAACUGAUGACUUCUAUAAGGAAACGCGUGAGAAAGGAUACUUCCAAUUGGACAAGUUUCAAAGUGUAAAAGAAAUUCGACAUGAUGGCUUGAAAGGAAAACUCAAUUGGAUAUUCUUAUGGCACACAUUUAUUGAUGGAAUGUUGCAAGUUUAUUUUAAACAAUCGAAAAAAUUGACAAGAACAAAAAGCAUCAGGAAGUUAGUCAUCGACCCAGUUCUUCAUCACAGCAUGUUAGGAUUUGUGUACUACGAGCUGACUAAAGCUGAAUCGGAUUCUGUUAUUAAAAAAAUCGCGGAAUUAAAUUUUGAUGUUGUUGUAUGUCCAUAUUUAAGGGUUGUCAAAGCAGGUGGUGUGGAAAUUCACGAUCCAGUCAGCAUUGAUGUUGCUAGAAGAAGACAAAAAGAUCCAAUCAUUGAAGUUCAUGAUUUCGUACCUUAUUUCUCAGACAGCAAAUAUUCCAUUAUUGAUGCUGCAAAGAUACUCACACAAAUAGCAGUCGUAAACAUGCUACAGCAUAAAACAUUAUUUAUAGAAGUUGAUUCUAUUGAUGAUAAACAACCACUCAGUGAAUAUUUUUCUGAAGCACUUCGUGGAAAUCCUCAUUGCUUAUCUGAUGUCACUUUACUUACUUCAAAGAAGGACAUUCGCAUAGAAAAUGUAAGAAACAGUUCUGAAGAGUUUGCAUCAUUUAGUGGCAUCAACAUGAUCCUAGCGAGAAAUUGCAUUGGAAAUGAUGAAUUUUUCAAAACAGCCAAGUCAGUUCUCCUUGCUGAUGGCUACAUAUUUUCAAGAGAGGAUGAAAUAUUUACUGAAAUUCAACAUCAAGAUGUUCUAUUGGUUGCAAGAAUUUUAACAGUUGGCAAUGAACUUAUCCACGUGCUCAAAUUUAAAGAUGAUUCAAAAAUUUUGAAGUUACGUCCGACAUUAAUGAAUGGCUAGAACCACUACAGAAUGCUCUCAAAAAUGGAGGAGCAAUAAUCUAUGCUUACAAUGAUGAACCGUCUGGUUUGUUGGGCUUUGUCAAUUGUAUAAGGCGUGAAUAUUCAGCGGAUACUCUCAAGAGCUUCUUUAUCAUGGACAGAAAAAAUGCACCGCCUGUAUUUGACAUUAAUCAUCCAUUCUACAAAUCUCAAUUGGAUCUAAAUCAUUCAAUAAACAUUUUUAAGGAUGGCAAAUGGGGCAGUUAUCGACACAUCGACAUGCCAGUGUAUAAAAAUGUUCAUCCACAAAGUCAGCACUGUCUUGCAAGUUGUCUCAUUAAAGGCCUUACAUCAUCAUUAUCAUGGAUAAGUGGUCCACUUAAUGUUACCAGUUCAGAUUCGGAUAUAAUAAAUGUUCAAUAUGCAGCAAUAAAUGACAGAGAUAUUGAGUUUGUGACUGGAAAUGAUUCAUGCAAUUCUGAUGAGCUGAGCGAGCAUCAAAAACUAUUGGGACUUGAAUUCGCAGGUGUACGACGCAAUAAUGGUGAAAGAGUCAUGGGUAUCAGCCUUAAGUUUGGAGCAAUAGCUACUCAUGUUGAAGCUAGUAAUUCAAUAUUUUGGAAAGUUCCAGAGUUGUGGACUCUAGAGGAAGCAGCUUCUGUUCCUCUCGCUUAUUAUAUUGUAUAUUCUUCACUUUUUAAUUCAGGAACUGUAAAGUCAGGAAAGACAAUUUUGAUUCAUUCUGGAAGUGAUGAUUUAGGUCAAGCAGCAAUAGAAGUUGCACUAGCUUAUGGAUUAGAAAUAUUUACAACAGUGAACUCUCAAAAGAAUAAGAGAUUCUUGAUCAAAAAGUAUCCAAUGAUAAGUAUCAAGAAUAUUGGAAUCACAAGAAACAUCAAGUUUGAAAAAAUGGUUUUCAAAAACACAAACGGCAAAGGAGUUGAUUAUGUCUUGAACACAUUAUCUGGUGACAAGCUUCAUGCAUCAAUUCGCUGUGUAGCAAAAGAUGGAGUAUUUAUAGAUGUUGGAGAUCAUGAUAUGUCAGGACUUGACACGAGAGUUUUAAAAAAGAGAAUUUUUAUAAAAAGCAUCGUUUUCGAGGAACUUGUUGAAGAUACUGAACGAAAUAAGAUUAUACACAAUCUAGUUGAGAAAGACCUAGCAUCUGGCAGAAUCAAACCACUUAGAGGAACAGUUUUUAAAGCAGAUGAAAUACAGGAAGCCUUCCGUUAUGCAAGUAUUGAACAGCGUAUAGACAAAGUUCUCCUAAAAAUUAGGCAAAAUGAAAGUGAUGAAAAGUCAUUGCUCAUGCCUGUUUUGCAAAAAGUUUAUUUUGAUUCCAACGAGUCUAUUAUUGUAACUGGAGGGUUAGGUGGAUUUGGAAUGGAAAUGACAGAAUGGUUGUACUCAAAAGGAUGUAGAAAAAUGAUACUGAGUUCAAGUAAAGGAUAUAAGAAUGCUUAUCAAAAGCAGAAAGUCGAGUCACUCAAAUCUCGAGGUGUCUCAGUAACAAUCAGCAUAUCAAAUAUUUUCUCAGAAUCAGGAUGUAAGGAACUGAUCAAUCAAGCAGUAGAACUUGGACCAGUGGCAGGAAUUUUUAAUCUUGCUGGAGUCCUAAGAGAUGGCAUUUUUGAUAAUCUUGAUACUAAAAUGUUUGAAGAUGUUCUGGCUCCGAAAGGAACUUCAACUAUUAUCCUUGAUAAACUGUCACGAAUACUUUGCCCAAAUUUGAAACAUUUUGUCUUAUUUUCAAGCGUAUCAAGUGGUCGAGGUUAUGCUGGUAAAGGUAAUUAUGGACUAGCAAAUUCAAUAAUGGAACGAGUUGCUGAGAAGAGGUGUGCAGAAGGACUGCCAGGAAAAGCUAUACAAUGGGGUGCAGUAGGUGUUGGUAUGCUGGAAGAUUUUCAACUUAAAUAUGUGGAUGAUUUAUAUAUAGGUGGCAUGUAUCCACAAACUUUGCAGUCCUGUUUUGAGGUGUUUGAUACCUUAUUGACAUCUGACGCUCCUGUUGUAUCCAGUAUAGUCAAAGCAGACCAACAUAUGGAUGAAGUAAAGAGACGCAACAUUGUUGAUAUUAUUUUUAAUAUCAUGGGAAUUCGUGAUAAAAAGUCAGUUUCAAUAGAUUCAACAUUCACUCAUCUUGGCAUUGAUUCCUUAAUGGGCGUCGAGAUUCAACAAGUUUGUGAACGAGAAUACAAUGUUUUCUUAAAAUCCCAGGAAAUACGUUCAAUGACAAUCAAUCAGCUUGAAAAAUGUAUAGCAACUAGAAGGAACAGCAACGAUGACAUGAAAGUUUCAACUGUCGAACAUGAAGGUGAACUUAUUAAAAGAUUUAAGUUAUCAAUUGACGAUAUAGCUGACUUGGAUUCUUUUGAUCCAUCAAAAACCAUCAUAAAGGCAAAUGAUAUUGCAGACUCCAAAAAUACAAAACUUUUGAUCCUACCUUGGAUUUUUGGAUUUGCUACAAAAAACUACCAAAAUCUUGCGCAACAAAUGGAAUAUCCAGCAUAUAUUUUACAGCUUUCUAAAAUCUCUGACUGCACGAGUCUUGAUGAAAUCAUUAAAAAAUUGACUCCAAGCAUUUUGGAGCUAUUUAGUGAUGCCAAUAAUUUCAUUUUGAUUGGACAUUCUUUUGGUGCACUUCUGGGAUUAAAAAUUUCAAAAAUAUUAGAAGACAACGGAAAAUCGGGACAAAUUAUUCAGCUUGAUGGAUCACCUCAGUUUUGCUUUAGACAUGCUCGAAAAAUGUUAAAUGAAGGUAAAUUUGGGGAUAUGAAGGAUAUUAUAUCAAUGCUUUUGUUUGAACACUAUCAAGUCGACAUCAACUUAGCUAAGAUAUUGCUUGAAAAAUCUCAUGACUGGGAAACGAGGACUAAGGAGUUGAUGUCAACGUAUAGUUCCAAGAUCCCUUCAACAUUGGAAUACCUCUUGAAGGACCUUCCUUCAGAAUUUAACAACCGAUUGAAUAUUUCACUCAGUAUAAAAGAAUGUGACUUUAGUCCUUUAAAGAGUACAAAAAUAUCAUUGAUUAAGUCAAGAAAUUCCUCGAUCAGUGGUUUGCAUCGAGAUUAUGGAUUGACACAAUUUUCAGGCAGUAGCGUUAGGAUAAAGCUUGUUGAUGGAGAACAUGAGACAAUGAUGAAAAAUCCAGAACUUGCAGUUAUCGUUAGAGAUUUAAUUGAUGAGUAGAUUAGGGAUUUUAAAGUAAUAUAAUUAUUGUUAAUUUUUGAUACUUUUUAUAAUUGAUAAAAAAUAAAGUGAGAUGAUU